CUUCUUUGUGGCAGUGUACUUAGAGCAAGGGAUACAAAAACAAAAACAAAGACCAAAAAAACCAAACCAAAACAAAACAAAACAGAGUCUUUGCCCUGAAGCAAACAAGAUAUGUAUAAGAUCUAAACACAGGUGACGGAUAGUCAUUUGAAAGGGAAAGGGGAAGGCGGCUGAGGAGUCAGCACUUCACAAUGAUUAUAUCAUUUGAUCUUCACGGCAACCCUGAGAGGGGGGCGACGUGUCUGCGGUUCACUUAGAACUCAGGUCUUCCUGACUUGAGGUCCGGGGCUCUAACCACUGCGUGCUGCCUCUAGGUAGGAGGAGGCAAAUGAAGAGAUGGAGGUGAGAAGUGAUGCAUUCCAGCGGCGACGGGAAUCCUGGCCAGAGUAUUUGCCCAACAAAUAUGCUUGCUGACUAAGAGGAGUUUAUUUUGUCCCAAAUGCAAUAGGGAGCCACUGUGGUUUCUUGAGCUUGGGAACGACGUGGUCGCUUCUGCCUGUGAACUGGGCUGCUGCGCGCAGACUGCGCUCGCUUUCUUGGCUGCCACAUCUUGCUGUCGUGUGGGCCCAGUUAGCGCCUCUUCGCGGGCUCCUCGGUGGCCUCCCCACAAAGGGGUAGGUCUGGCAUAGGCCCCAAGAGGCGAGACUCCUGUUCCGGGGGAAAGGGGGGACGGUUAAGAAGGGAACAUCAUCUCCAGGAAGUGACGCAGAACAGAAGGGCUCCCGGCGGCCGGAGGUAGCAGGAGCCAUGGCAGAGGCGGAAGCGGAAGGGUGCUCCUUGCUGCUGCCGCCAAUACCCCCUCAGGGGAUGGCGGAAGUGGAGGCGGCCGACGAAGCAGGGAUGAAGCAGUUCCGUGGAAGCGGCGGUGGUGGCAGCAGCGCAGCCGUAGGCAUGGACGUGGAGCGCAGUCGCUUUCCCCACUGCGUGGUGUGGACGCCCAUUCCCUUGCUCACGUGGGUUUUCCCCUUUAUUGGCCACAUGGGAAUCUGUACUUCCACGGGUGUCAUUCGGGACUUCGCAGGCCCCUACUAUGUCUCGGAAGACAAUAUGGCCUUUGGGAAACCUGUGAAGUACUGGAAGUUGGACCCCUCCAAAGUACACGCCAGCCGGCCGAACGCCUGGGAUACUGCGGUCCACGAGGCAUCCGAGGAAUAUAAACAUCGCAUGCAUAACCUCUGCUGUGAUAAUUGCCACUCCCAUGUGGCCCUGGCCCUGAAUCUGAUGCGUUACAACAACAGCUCCCACUGGAACAUGGUGAAGGUCUGCUUCUUUUGCCUGAUUUACGGGAAGUAUGUCAGGGCUGUGUCAAGUGUUGGGGCAUUUGUGAAGACCUGGCUUCCCUUUGUCCUCCUCUUGGGCAUCAUCAUCACUACUGCCUUUGUCUUCAACCUGCGGUGAUGGCUGCACCCUAAACCUGGCUCCAGUUGGAAGGAAACUGGGCCUGACAUACACACACACACUCCCUGCCCCACCCUCCCAGAGCUGGCUGCUGGGCCUAGACUCCUACCUCCUUUGGUUGCAGAUACCACUCCCUCCCCAAAGUACCGGAGCCUGCCUGGGAACUUGGAGCCACGGUUCUUAGCAGCCCAAACUCAAGAGACUGAGAUGACCACCCCGGAAGGGGCCAGUUACUCUUAGUUCUGUUUUAGUCAGCCAGGGCCCUUCUUCUUCUCCCCACUCCCCAGGAUGGAGCAGCUGACCUCUUCUCACUUUGUGGGAUCUUUCAGGAUGCUGUCAGGGAAGGGGGCUGGUUCUCCUCCCAAGGCCAGAAUCCUUCCCUCCCCUUCCUGAUCUUUCCCACUGAGCCUGACACAGCCUGCCUGUGCCCCACCACAGGCUUUCCAGGCCUUUCCUUCUCAUCCCUGUCUCCCCCAUCCCCUCCACAUAGCUCCAGAUCUCUGUCUCAGGGGAGGGGCAGAAGGGCCACCUAGCUAAGGCCCAGUGUUCGCCAAGAUGGCCCACCAAAGGCAGUAGGGCAGGGCCUGGCUUUGGGAAUGAGGGGCCCUGGUUUGCCCUCACCGCCACCCACCCUCUAACCUCUGGUUCCCCUUCUCUGCCAGGAGCAGGUAAUAAACUGUGUAUAAUUGGAAGGGUUGGGCUAAUGACUGCCAUGAGAGCCAAGAGGUGGAGGGGCAGGUGCCCUGCUUCCACCCCCUCCUAAGAGGCAUGGCCCUUCUGCUCAGGUCCCUUCACUUGCUCAGGGCCUUGCCCUCUCGCUUAAGAUAGAGGAUGGUUGGCUGCCCCUACUUCUCCCCUGUUUUACCAUGGAAGGAGACAAAUGCUAACAAUUCCUGGCCCAAGCAGGAGGCCCUACUUCUGCAGGCUAAUAUUUCCUCCCUGUAAUCCUGGUGUGAACUAGGGGACAGAACUACAGUGGGAAAUCCAAAGGGCUAUGUGUCACUGUGCCCAGUGCCACACUGACCAGUCCUUGUAAGCCUCUCCUGGAAGGGCAUGCCCUCGGGAUAUUUCCUCACUGUGGCACCUCUCUGUUUAGUCACCCCUUCUCACUUAAUGUUAGGUGAUUGGGGCCUGGCCCCUCCAUCCCUUUGCCAAGCAGAUCUAGCCUACUGUGACCUACCCCUCUGAAGGGCAGCUGAGUGCAGGGCCAAUAAAGAGGCUUGACUCUA